AUGGAAGCGCACGGGGAACCGUGUUGUCUGGAGCCACUGGAUUCUGUUCGUUUCCCGUGGCUGUUUUUGGGCGAUAGAAGGGUCGCACGGAAUGAACAGCUGCUGAGAAGGCAGAAGAUUGCUUAUAUUAUCAAUUGUACUCCUCCCUGCGGUGAGGGGGGCGUCCCCAACUUCCACGAGCGCCUGUCUGUAGGCUCGCGCCUUGCAUUCAGGUAUUUGCGGGUUCCUGUCUUCGAUACGCACGCGGAGACGUUACAGCCGCACUUCGAAAAUGUGUGGGAGCUUAUGGAAACUUGCCGCACACGGGAAGAUGGCAACCUUCUAAUACACUGCAAUCAAGGUGUUUCUCGGUCAGUUGCUUUCAUCUGUUCUUACCUAAUAAAAUACGAGGGCAUGUCAUUUGAUGAGGCACUAGCAUUUGUGCGCCGCCGAAACCCUUUGGCACAGCCAAAUGAGUCUUUUCGCUCGCAGCUAGAAACUCUUCACGAAUGCGUGAAGAAGGAGUCCCGUUUGGUACACUCGGAGCCCCGACAGUUGCCGCAGUCAGGGUGGCUGCCGCCCUUUUCAGCCACCAGGAAGAGGGUUAUAUCUUGUUCAAUGCCGAAUGGGAGGCCGCAGCGGAAAGUGGCGCGUUUGAUUGGCCCUUCGCGGCCACCAGCCACGGACGGAACUCCCCCAAGCAGUGCUAGUGAGGGAGGGCAACCCAACAGGGAGACGAACACACCUUCGAGCAGUUCCGCCUCCUCGCCAAGUGUUAAUUCAUGUAAACAGGACUCCACUCACACGGGAGCCGAGCGAGUGGUUCUUGUUGACGACGAACCCUCCCAAGAAGCCCUGAAGCACGACGAACAACUCUACGGGGAGGCCACGGCCGUGGUAGAUGAGGAGAGGGAUAGAAAGGACUCUUCAAAUCGUGCUUGCGAGUUUACUGUGCAUUCGUUACCAGAUGUGGACGGCAAUGAUGCAAUACCCCGGCCGUCUUCAGAUAAUUGUUGCGAUCGCCCUGUGGGAUGCAAAGACACCCCGCUGCACAGAGACCCUCGUGCUGUUGAUUCAGUCGUCUCUUCCCCCCGCGCAGAGUUCGAACAACGGCCGGAGCAUUUAGCUUGCGCACAGGAGGCAUCCGACGAUUCAGAAGCAGUGUUGGAGAAGAAUUCUGGGGUUCCCGUUGUUGUGGGGCAUUCUAUAGCUGCCACUCAGCAAGUCACAGAAGUACAAGACCGCGUGGACAGCGAAAAUUUGCUUCGUGGAAGUGGUGCUCAGGAGCGCGUGCGGAGCUCCCAGUUGGAAGCUGCAACAGUUUGCUGA